GCAGCAUGACUGAGCCAUGAAUUGCAAAGACAAUGAAUGGCAGAAUCAAGCAGCCAGAUGUUGCUCUUAACUAAAUGCAAGAUUUCAGUGUCCUUAUUAACAAUGGGGAGAUUUGUAGCUGAUCUGUUUCUUCUUCUGCUGAUUUCCACAGGACAAGUUUUUGGAGUGUCAUUCUAUGGUGAUGGCUACAUCCAUCUACGGACAGUGGAAGCCUCCAUUCAGACGCUGCUCCAUGUACGUUUUCGAACCUCCAGUCAGACAGGGCUUCUUUUUUUGGCAGCUGGACGUAGAGACUUCUUGCUGCUGGAGCUGAUAUCUGGGCGUCUGCAGGUACGUCUGGACCUUGGAUCAGGUGAGCACUCACUACACUCAGAAAGGGGCAUGCAUCUUAAUGACCUAGCAUGGCACUACUUGGAGCUGAUCCACGACCAUAACACUGUAAAUAUGACCGUGGACCGAAACUCUCAUACCAGCCUCCAUAUGCCAGGACCAGAUCUGAGGCUCAAUGUUGAGGAUGGACUUUUUGUUGGCGGGGCAGCUGGACUCAAGCAACCAAAUCUUCCCAACAUUUCUAUUGGAUUUAGAGGUUGUAUAGACGAAGCUGUGUUCAAUGAACAUAACUUGCUGUCCAGUCUUAGGCCUUAUUCUGGUUACAAGAGUGUUCAUGAAGUCUCUCUGGGUUGUAGUUCACAGUUUUCUGCCACAGUAGAAGAUUCUGUCAGUUUUUUCAGCUCCAAAGCCUUUAUAUCUCUCACACCAUGGGAGGUCCAACAGGAGGCUGUGUUUGAAUGUGAACUGCAGCCUUCUGCAAGAGAAGGAGAUGGCAUGGUGCUGUAUAGCUCUGGGAACAAGGGAGGGUUUGUUGCCAUAGAACUACGUGAUGGUCACCUGAUUGCAACACUAGGAAAUGGAAAGGGGAGUAUGACUGAGCUGCGUUCUCUAACAAAUGUUCAGAGACACCCCACCUGGUAUCCCAUUAAGCUGCACCUGCUGCCCCACAGUGUCCAUCUUAAAGUGGAUGAAGAAUUGGUCCAGGCCAAUCUGAGUGUUGAGCUGCAGGUCAUCCAGCUCAAUGGACCCCUUUUUCUCGGAGGACUGAACAAAGAAGCCCGUGUAGAAGCCAGGCGAGCUGGGUUGAUGUCAGAUGUACCUGGAGGGAAACUGGCUGGGGGAGGAGUCUCCUUUAAAGGCUGCCUCCGAGAAAUUAGGGUGAACGCUAAAAGAACAGGCCUACCUAAUGCAGUCAUCACCAAGGACAUCACUGUGGGCUGUUUGACACAACAAACUCCAGAUGCAGUGACAACCAUUAGCCCAACAGAUUGUCAAGACUUUGAUGUUACAACUACUCAACCAACUACCUACAACAAGAAGAACCCUAACUUUUUUUCAUUGAGAAAGCUUGAGGUGGUAGAGGGAGGCCGCGCACCACUUGAGCCAAAACACAUAAGGGUAAAUCUGGAUUUGCGGAAAUUUGGCAUUCAUCCAGCUCAGUUAAUGUUCCGCAUAGAGGGGCAGCCUGCACAUGGCCAGCUCCGGUUGGACCUCAGUCCAUACACUGAUGGGAUUCUAGGUGAUACACAGGAGGAGAGGACUCUAGGAGCAGAAGAGUUUGAUCAGACUUUCAGUAUGCUGGACCUUUGGCAGGGCCGGGUGAUGUACGUUCACAGUGGGUCAGAAGACCAGCAUGACUUCUUCAUGUUUUCGGUCUUCUCCAACAAUAAGAGGAAGCUUCCUGUGUUUCUGAAGGGCAACCGCCUGCAUCGGUUCGAUAUCAGCAUCAGUCCUGUCAAUGAUGCACCUGUGCUCAGCCUCCCAGAGGGAAAUAUUUUCACUGUUCUAGAAAAGUCCAAAAGACAGCUGACAACAGAUGUGCUGAGAGUGUUGGACCCUGACAGCAGUUCUUCAGAACUGAUGUUAAGCUCCCUGGGAAACCUCAACACUGAGGCUGGACACCUUGAGCACCAGGAUUACCCUGGCAGGGCAAUCAAUUUGUUCUCUCUGAAUGAUCUUGAGGAUGGUAAGAUAAGCUUUGUCCACACCGGCCUCUCAACCUCGAGACUGGCACUUAGGGUCAGCGAUGGACAGAAGUUAAGCAACACAGUUGUUUUGAGAAUUUUGGCUGUGAGACUGGAACUCAGAGUGGUUAACAACACUGGACUGGAGAUGAACCAAGGUGAAGCCUCCUUCAUCACAACCAUGAACCUCGCUGUACAAGUUAAUUGGGCUAAUCAGGCAGUGGAAAUCCGCUAUGACAUCACAGAGUUGCCACAAUAUGGUGAGCUCCAGCGUUUGCACUCCAAUGGCGAUUGGAAAUCAACAACCUCUUUCUCUCAGAGCCUUCUAAAGAAGGAACGGAUCCGAUAUGUCAGCACUGUCCAUGGCCUUCAGACUCAUCACAACAUCACUGAUUUCUUCAAAUGUAAAAUCACAGUUGGUGCCAUGGCUACCAAUGAGGUUGUAUUCCCAGUCAUGGUUCGGUGUAUCCACUUUAAGGUCACACGAAGCAAAAUGGAAGUCAAUGGUGUUCUAAGUACGGCGGUCACACCUGAAAACCUUCAUGUGAUUUCUAAGGGUGUCAGACUCAAUGAGAGUGACCUUUACUUUAGACUGCUUACACUACCAAAGAAAGGGAAGCUGUACCUGAAUAACAGAGUCCUGAAAAGGAGGUCUACCUUCAGCCAACAGAACAUUACAGAUGGCUUGGUGAAGUACGAGCUGUUCAACAGGUUACACUACGGUACAAGAGACACGUGUAGCUAUCAGGUGUUUUCUAAACACGCAAACUCAACAACGUACGACUUCAGAAUCAACAUUAAAACCGAGUUGACAGUCAUCACAGUUUUGAACACAGGCCUUUCAGUCCAGGAAGGAGGAGGAAAAGUCAUCAGUAAAGAUAUUUUGUUCACUCACACAACAGGUAACCUGGAGGUUCAAUACAGUGUCACUGUGAGCCCCAGACAUGGCCAGUUAAGGAAGAUCAACCUCUCCAACUCCACUUCCAUCAACAACAACAUUGUGACGUUCACAAAUCAGGAUAUUAUUGAGGAGAGGAUCAUGUACGUUCAUGAUGACAGUGAGACCAAGCAGGAUUCCUUUACAUUUCAAGUUAUGGUCAACAAACCCCACAAACACAUUAACAAGAAGGAGGAUAGAAACACAGGUGAACACAUGUUUAAUAUCUCUGUGCAGCUUGUCAAUGACCAGAGACCUGUCAGGGUUGUGGAUAAAGUUUUCCAUGUUGCCCGCUAUGGGCAGAGGUUGGUCACGUUGAGUGACCUUCGUUACCAGGAUGACGACAUGGACUUUGAUGAGAAUUGGUUGGUGUACACGCGGAGGGGAAUUCCCAUGGGUGAGCUGGUACUGGCCAGUGAUCCAAGCCACAAGCUGUACGAGUUCACACAGCGGGACCUUGAGCAGAAAAAGGUGUUGUUUGUCCACAGAGGAGUGAGUUUUGGGCGAUUUGUCCUUUUCAUAUCAGAUGGGAAACAUUACGUGUCAACACUGAUGGAGGUGAUUGCCCAGGAUCCUUACCUUCAGACUGAGAACAACACGGGCCUUACUGUCCAGAAAGGGGGGCUUAUAACCUUGACCUCAGCCAACCUCAGUGUCUUCAGCAACCUUGACAUCCGAGACCCGCAGGAAGUGACAUUUGAGGUCUUCCUUCCGCCUAAACAUGGUUUGCUCUUCUUCAGUGAUGAAGAUCGUGAGAGUGUUGCAGCAACAGAUCCAAUUACGAUAUUCACCCAGAGAGAUUUGUCAGAAGGGCGCCUGGUGUAUCAACAUGAUGGCAGCCAAAUGUUAUCAGAUCAUUUUAAUGUAACUGCAAGAGCAAAGGAGAAGAGCACAGAGAGGCGACCUGAGAGAGGGAGGAGGGAGGUGCAUCUUGACAUUGGGGUGCUGGUAAAAAUCUACCUGGAGGGUCACCAAAGACCGCCAACAGUCAUCAGUAACCGUCCAUUGCUGGUGACUGAGGGAAGUAAUGUCUCCAUAAGCAGGGAUACCUUAGAGGUGGUUCACGAGGACAGCCAGCCCAAACAGAUAUUUUUUUCCGUUCAAAGUCAUCCCACCGAGGGUUUCCUCCAGAGGUCUUCCCCCGACGUCAAGCAACAAACCUACGAAGGCAAACAGGAGCACUUUUAUCAAAACACCAGAGAGCAGCAAACAAACUCUUUUACUCAGGAGGAUCUCAACCAGGGAUUGAUUAUCUACCACCAUCAGGCUGCAGGAAGUGUCAACGACUCUGUUCUUUUGGAGGCGACCAACGGGAUGACAAAGGUCGGACCCAUCAGGCUGGAGAUUGAUAUCAUACCUAUCAUGAUUCCUCUACAGGUAUCUGACUUGACCCUUGAUGAGGGGUCGUCUCUGCCACUGACCUCAGAUGUCAUCAAGGUCACCAAUCAUCACUUCUCAGGGAUGAACUUCCUGUACCAGGUCAUUGUUCCACCGCGACACGGACACUUGGAGCACAGCCGGAUCCCGGGAAUGCCCAUCACUGCCUUCACUCACACUGAGGUGGAACGAGAGUACAUAUCCUAUAUCCAUGAUGGCAGCGAGACGCAGGGAGACAACUUUACCAUUGUAGCCAAUCAGACGGAAAUCAGGAAGCACAGUCUGCCCUGCACCGUUCACAUCCACGUUAUGCCUGUCAAUGAUGAGACUCCUGUUGUUACAACCAACAAAGGUCUGAAGGUGUGGAUGGCUUCAGUGACAGAGAUCACCCAUGAUGAACUUGGUGCAGAGGACUCAGACACUCCACCGGAGAUGCUGGAGUUCAUCAUCACCCCACCCAGCAACGGCCAUCUGGCACUGAAGAGCGCCCCCUCAAGACCGAUCCUGAACUUUACUCAGAAUCACAUUCAAACUGGACAACUGGUGUUUGUGCACAGCGGUGCUUUGUCGGGUGGAUUUCAGUUUCAGGUGAACGAUGGUGUGAACUUCGCCCCUCGCCAGAUCUUCAGCACAACCGCCCACUCUCUGGUCCUUACCCUGCAGAGAAAUCGUCAGGUGGAGGUCUUACCAGGCUCUGUGACCCCCAUAUCUGAGCAGGAGCUGAAGGCCAUAACUAAUGAUGUCACCGACAUCAGGAGAAACCGCUCUGUGGUGUUUUCAGUGACAGCUCCUCCUAAACUGGGUCGCCUGGUCCAACGUUUGCCCGACAACUCUUCACUCAACGUUUCCGUUUUUACACAAAGCAUGCUGAACGAUGGAGUAAUCUUCUAUGACCAGAACAAGCCACAGUUGGUGGGGUGGUCGGCUUUAGACUCCUUCUCUUUCACCGUGUCCUCUCCUCCUGCUUUCCUUCCUCCGCACACCUUCAGCAUCUUAAUCUCCUACCAGACCAACGGACAUCACGACGACUCUAAAUACAAGACCAGACUACUCAACAAUGCAGGUGCUGUGGUGGCUGAGGGAGGCAGGGUGAUGAUUGACAGGUCGAAACUUGACGCCUCCAACCUCCUUGGUAAAGUUCCAGAAUCCUAUCGGAAAGACCACGUCAUUAUGUACAGGGUGAUUUCCCUGCCCCGCCAUGGGGCCCUGUCACUAAGAGGACAUAACCUCAACAGGAAUAAACCAGAUUUCUCUCAGGUCACCCUAAACAAGUUUGGUAUCACUUACAUCCACGAUGACUCAGAGACAACAAGCGACAGCUUCACUAUCCGUGCCUGGGUGGCUCCUUUGGAUGUCUCUUCCUCUUUAUCCGCUUUAUCUACAUUUCCCUCUUCAUCCCCUCCCCAUUCAGCAUCAUCAUCCUCCCUUUCGUCAUUAGACAUUGUUUCCCAGCAUCAUAUGAAGGACAGCCUGGCGGUGACGGAGACGUUCAACAUCACGGUGACACCGGUCAACGAUCAGCCGCCACUCCUCAGAAGCAGAAACCCCAGUAUGAAGGUCGUAGUGGGAGAGAGAGUUGUUCUUGGACCGGACAAUCUGCAGGUCGAGGAUCAUGACACCCCUCCAGAGGAGCUGCACUACCUUGUGAUCAGUAAGCCCGACAACGGCUACCUGACGCUGGGAGAGAGACCAGAGCCAGUGACCUCUUUCACCCAGUAUGAUGUCAACCAUAACCGGCUACACUUCAUACAGCAGGGUGAGCCCUCAGCUGGUGUUUUCUACUUCAAUGUAACCGACGGUCAUCAUCGUCCACUUUACAAACUCUUUAGUCUGGAGGUGAUAAAGCCCUCUGUCUCCAUGGUGAACAACACUGGCCUGUCAUUGGUUCAAGGCAAGACUGCUGUGAUCCUGACGACCAACCAGCUUGCGGCUCAAACCAACGGCCGCAGCAGGGCCAGCAUCACCUACACGGUCACAGCGCACCCUCGCCAUGGACGCAUCGCUAUCAACGACCAGGAAGUGACGACCUUCUGGCACGAGGACCUGCUGUUUGGCCGCGUGGUCUAUCACAUGACCGAACUCAGCGAAUCGGAGGACAGCUUCCAAGUCUUGGUGUCGGCAUCAUCUCACGGUGUCGAUUAUGGAAAUGUAACAGCACACAUGAAGGUAACCGUGCUGCCUCUGAUCCACCUGAGGGAGCAGGUCAGAGUGCCCAGCGGUGUCGCUGUGAAACUGGGGAAAGCCAUGAUGGAUGCCUCUGAGCUGGCAAGAAUCAGCCGAGCUGACCCCGUCUUUGAGGUUCUAUCCCCACCAAAACACGGAAAGUUAGUCAAGAUCACCUACGACCCCAACCAACCCUCAGAGGUCCUGAAGUCAUUUACCUUCAGAGAUGUGGUGCAAGGCCGGAUCGCCAUUGAAGAGACUCUGAGUGACGGUGACAACCAGCCCAAUGGGAACAAAUCAGUACUCAACACAGCUCGAGGCCACGCCCCCGCCACGCCUCGGAAUGAUUCUUUCACCUUUCUCCUGAAAGCGGGAAACGUCCAGCCAGCGAAGGGCGAGCUUCACUUCACCAUCUUUCCCCACCACCAGAUGCAUCACGGUCCGAGCGGCUCGAACAAGGCAGAGAGUGCAAAUCGCACAAACCGUCUCCUGACUCAUAAUAAGACCACUCCCACAGCGGGGAGGGGAGUUGGACAAGAGGAUCCGACAACGCAAGGCAGGGUCAGGGUGGGUGUGUCGCCUCGCAUUUUGUCACCCAAGAACCAGAACAGGACUCAGCACAAGCACAGACAUCACAGCCGAUGGGGGAACCACACGCGCAGCGAGAGUAAUGGAAAUAGAUCGGGGACUAGUGCAGAAGGAGCAGGAGGGGGUCACAGUCCUGCCCCGCAACCCAGAACUCCUUCUCUCACACACAAACAUGGCCCAGCAGACCCCCCUGACACCCAACCGGUACACGUCGAGGUCCUCCCUCGCCCCUCCUCUGACCCUCUCCUCAUUAUCCUCCCACUUUUGGCCUGUUUGCUCCUCAUCGUUAUCCUAAUCGUUUUGAUUCUGGUGUUCCGGCGACGCAAGGAGAAACAGGCCCGACUGCGGCUCCUCCAGCAGCUCGCUGCGGGCACGCAGCUCACACAGGACAGCCCUUACCUGGGUCGGACUGAGAGAAGUGUGGCUAUGCCCUCAGUGGUGGUCACUCCGCUAGCCUCUGCAAGCUGCCCUACCUCCCCCAGGGUGCCCAUAACCCCAAGAAGAAGGAGCCUGGCCCCUGGGAUGACAUUCUGGGGGCCCUUCGAUGCUGAAGGAGCAGGUGAUGAUGGAAAUGUUGGAGGUGAUCUGAUGAACAGUAAAGUGAGGUAUAAUAUACCUCUUAGAACAGCAGUACCAGCUGUCCAGGCAGGAUAUAAGACAUCUUUGGGAACAGGGUCCCCUACUCCAUCUCUUAAACGCUACCAGUACUGGGUUUGAUAGAAGCAUUUCAAGGAAAAACUGUGCCUUAGAGAUGUAUUUUUGGCGAGAACUGUAUAAAUGGCAUCUGCGCAUCUCCUUAGUCAUCCGUGGCACAUUUGACCAACCAUGACCUAGUUAUAGAGGACACAAUGAUGCUUCUUUCCUCUUUUUAUUUUAGGGAAUGCAUGAAUGCCAUUGUAUCUGUUCUUUUACUAAACCAAGUUUAGCUGUUGAAAUCUUAGUUGCUUUCACAGGGUCAUUAAAAACUAUGUCUCCAUCAAUAAACUACCCAGAUACCAAGGUGGAGUGAGCUACUAUUCAACGUAAGCAGAAUCCAGUUUUACUCAAUAGGCAGCAGUUUGUUGCUGUUUUUUUCAAGGUGUUUUUCAUUUGUUACUAACUUGUCAGUCAUUUGUGACAUAAGGGUAGUCCAAGAUGGUUCAGUGUUUUGUCAGUGUACAUUUUAAAUUCUUUGCAUUUGUCUGAUUCCUCAUUAAACUGGUUAUAACUUGUAUUGCUCUUGUAUAUAUAGUUUUAUAUUGUCAGAACUGCUGCUGAGCAAGAAAGUGAAGCGUACAUGGUUUUUUUUAAUUUCCUUUACUGUCAGAUUAAUCGUAGCUUCAUUUUAGCUUAGCGUAUUUGUGAGUUAGUACAAGUUGUAAUUGAUAGCUUUCAUUUAGGAUUUUGUAAAAGACAGAGUUGACAUGUUGCUUCUUGAAAACCAUGAAUUUCUUAGGGACUGUCUCCUAUGUGACUGAAGGAACUGCAAGCUUUCAAGUCACAUGCACACAAACUUAUUUUAAAGCAGUGAGCUGCUAACUUGCUGUUUCAGAUGGUCCAUGCAGUAUUUAUUUACAUUUCCUUUUGCAAUACAAUUACAUUACAGUAUGUA